AUAAAAUUUCCCUUGCAUUUAACAACUUCGUUUGUCUUUGUCUGGAAAUGACCGCCUAGGAUUAGGCUGUAGCCUGCCUUGAAAAAAAAAGAAAUCAAGAAUAAGAACUAUCUUGUUGCCCAAGUUCGAUUUAUCAGCUUGGAGUUCAACAUCUGCCACGAUUCACACAAGACAGCCACUGCAGAUCAAGAUGGCAACCAACCCACCCAAGCCGAUUCGCGUAUGGAUUACUCCUCCUGGACCUAACCCGUGGAAGGCCGUCUUCUUAUUCGAAGAGCUUGGAUUAAACUAUGAGAUCAAGUCCUUCCGCUUCGAUGAUGUCAAGAAGCCGCCAUUCAUCAACAUCAACCCGAAUGGCCGCGUCCCCGCGAUUGAGGACCCCAAUACAAACCUUACAUUAUGGGAGUCGGGCGCUAUUUACCAGUACCUUAUCGAGCAGUACGACACAGAUAAUCGUCUGUCAUACAUGUCCAUCAACGAGAGACACCUAUGCAAUCAGUGGCUUCACUUCCAGAUGAGCGGCCAGGGUCCCUAUUGGGGCCAAUGCGGUUGGUUCCAACAUCUACACUCAGAGAAGAUCCCAUCGGCAGUUGAGCGUUACGCCAACGAGAUCAAGCGUGUUCUCGGAGUGAUCGAGGGUGUGCUAGCUGCUAAGCCCGCGAACGCUCAGUGGCUCGUCGGCGACAAGAUGACGUUCGCUGACAUGGCCUGGGCCCCCUGGAACUUUCGUCUCAUCGAGGUGCUUGUGAAAUCGUGGGAUGAGGUGUGGGAAGGUUUUCCACACGUCCGCGCCUGGCAUGAGAAGAUGAUUGAGCUCCCCUCGUGGAAACGGUGUAUGGAGCAUCGCGCGCGUCUCAUGGAUGAGCAGGGUCUUCAGUGGAAUGGGGUUCCGAAGGGCAUCGAGACUUUUACUGAGUAUGAAAACAAGAUUGCCGCCGGCGACGAUACUACACCGAAGUAAAUGGUUUACAUCCUUUAGAUAUCGCGAUGAGGCAUAGUUAGUUGAAUAGUACCUACGUAUGAUUAAAUAAACUCGGUAUGAUCUAUAA